GUACGGCCUUAGCGCUGCAAGUAAUUUUGAUGCUAAUCAAGAAGGACUGGUAGACAUGGACCCGGAGGUGGCAAAGCUACUUCAGUCUGUGUACAGCUGUCCAGAUGACAUCGACCUUUUCACUGCAAUAAUUACAGAGAAUAGGAGUAAUGGUACACUUGUGGGACCCCUGGGUCAAAAGAUUAUCUCGGAUAUGUUCAAACGCUUGAGGGACGGUGACAGAUUCUUCUUUGAACGCGAUGAUCCAGUUGUUAGAUUCACUAAGGAACAACUUGCUGAAAUCAAGAAAAUCACAUUAUCGUCACUGAUUUGUGAAACUACCUCGACGUCAACCAUGCAGGACAACGCGUUCCUUUUUGGAGUUCCCAAGAAACCUUGCAACGAGUUUCCGAAGCUGAAUUUUAAUCUUUGGAAAUCUUCAUGAAUUUAUAAGCGAAUUCGUGUGAUGGUGCGACUGAAAAAAAUAUUGCAUUUCUGUGGCAUAAUAACAAAAGAUGAAC